AUGACGCCUGUACCCGUUCGCCACCGCUUCGUCCGGUAUAGGGCAGCGCCUGGCGGCCCUGCAAAGAUCGGAUUGGUCGACGAAGAAGAGACACGUGUUGCUGAAAUUUUGGGCUACACGAAUCUCUUUGACCUUAUCGAGAAGCAUCCCAACCUCUGUGGCGACCACAAGUUCUCCACUUGGGACGUCACUGAGCUGCAAGCCGUGGAGGUGCUGGCGCCGUUGCCGGGGAGGGACAUCCUAUGCAUUGGCAAAAACUACAAAGCUCAUGCAGCCGAAUUCCACAAGAGCGGUUUCGACAGCUCCGACAAGAACGAGCAGCCGGACUUUCCCGUCUUCUUCACCAAACGCGCGACGAGCAUCGUCGCGACGAACACCCCGAUUUACACCCACCCGGAUGUCACGCAGAGCCCCGACUACGAGGGCGAGUUGGGAAUAGUGUUAGGCAAGGCCGGAUUGGGCGUACCAAGGGAGAAGGCUUGGGAGCAUGUCUGGGGAGCCGUCAUUGUGAAUGAUGUUACUGCGAGGGAGCGACAACGCGACCACAAGCAGUUUUUCAUCGGGAAGAGUCUGGACACCUUUUGUCCAAUGGGCCCGUACCUCGUCCCCUCAUCUUCGCUCUCAUUUCCCGACCUCCACCUCACGACUAGAGUCAACGGCGAAGUGCGACAGUCGCAGAACACGUCGGAGCUCAUCUUCGAUGUCCCGACACUCAUCGCGACCGCAUCGCUGGGCAUCUCGAUCCAGCCGGGCGAUGUCAUUGCGACGGGCACGCCGGUCGGGGUUGGGAUGGGCAUGGCGCCCCCGGUUUGGCUCAAGGACGGAGAUGUUGUGGAGAUCAGUAUACCACCGCUGGGCACACUGAGGAACCCUGUUACGAGUGCUCGGCCGAGUGUCUGCUCGCUCGCUGAGUGUUGA